GGUACAUUUUUGGGUUUCUGACUGUUACCCGCAGAAAUCUGCCUUACUGGGUUCCUGUAAAUUUUCGUGGUUUCCCACCAUUUUCAGUUAAUAUUAAUUAGUUCCUAGCAAAGAUUAUAUUACAAUCCAAUGCGCUUGUAAUUUAUGAGAAUGGAUCAUGAAUCUGGAUAUCUUAAAGGACCUUCUUCAUUGUUAACACCUGUAUAUUUGGAAGGAAAGAAUUUAGUGAAAAACAAACUUUUAGAUGACCGUUUCACCAAAACUUCCUCAGUUUCCAAUACACUUUCUUCGCUCUCAUUAGAUAACAAAUCAUUAAAAUCAUCCAUCAGUCUAUCAUAUACAGGUUCAGUCCUACAUUGUAAUCACGAAGUAACAGUCAGACCCAAUGAUAAGCAUCAUGAGGAGAAAAAAACAAGUGUUCCAAGUUCACUUGAAUCAACCCCUAUCGACUGGUUAAACGACGCUUUAAUCCAAAUUUCAGAUACUGGUUUUCAAAAUAUACUAGAAUGUACGGUUGAUGACUCUAUGAAAAGCAAUUCUAUUCAUAAUACAUUUAGUGAUUUACUGACAUACGAACGCAGAGAGACCUACAAACAGCUGAAACUAGAGUUAAUUAGCUGCAUAUCCUCCUCUAUAGUCGAUGGCAGUCCAUCUAAAGAAAAGAAAAUUGUUUUGGGACAAUCAAUUCACUCUUGCAUUGAUAAAGAUCCAGAAUUUAUACUUAAAGCAGCUUUGUAUUGCCGUAGAGAGUUGAAUAUACGUACAACAACCAAUAUGUUAAUAGCUGUUGCUAGCUGUAGUGAGCAGUCUCGAUCUUUUAUUAAGAAGUACUUUUCUUCUUGUAUUCGCACACCGUCAGACUGGAUAGAAGUUGCCGAAUACUAUGCAAUGAUAAGUGGAAAUUCAAGUUUGAGAGGUAUGCCAAAAGUUUUACGGAAUAGUAUGGCAUCGAAGUUCCUUGAAUUUGAUCAGUACCAACUUGCUAAACAUUCCAAACCCAGGGCAAGAGCUAAUCGUUCAAAGAAAUCGAAGGCUCUGAAACGAAGCCAAAAUGGUGUAGUAGUCAGUACGGAUAUCGAUGCCAUUAUAUAUAGAUUGGCACACUCACCUCGUAUAUAUUUUACAAUAAAGGAGCUUAUUCGUAGAUUGCAUAUAUCAAGGCCCAAGUUCAACGUUAUGUGCGUUCUGGGAAAACCUUACCCAUCGGAUAGUACUGAUUUUAUUCGUAUGGGACUGGAAGGAGAUUGGGAUUCAUCCAAAGCAGGUACACGUAUGAAGUUUCCUAUUCCUGUUACAUGGGAAACAGAAUUAUCAGUCAAUGGAAACAAUUCAGAUUCUUGGUCAAAACUUAUAACUUUAAACAAAGUCCCACAUAUGGCGAUGUUAAGAAAUCUGCGCAAUAUUUUGAUGUCCGGUGUUCAAGAUGGUAUUCAUGAGAUAGUCUUAAAGAGGCUUACAGAUCCUCGUAUUAUCAUAGAAGGGAAGCAGUUUCCGUUCCGUUAUUUCUCGGCUUUUGAUACUAUUGAUAAACUUGAACGCAGAUUUCGUUUUCAACGAUUUUUAUCCCUUACCUCAGCUAAAGAAUUAUUGAAACGUAGGAAACAUACACCUAGGUUAUUGAAAAAAUUGGAAUGGUUAUUGAAACGCAUAAAAUUUGUAGACAAACAGUAUCGCCGUUACGAUCUCAAUAUUUUGAACCAUUAUAAAAAUGCAUUAAGUACCGCUUUAGAAUUAUCAAUGAAGCAUAAUUUGCCACCAAUAUGUGGUUCAACAUUAAUUAUAUGUUCUACUAGUAAAUAUGUCAAUCCUUCCAAACAUAGAUUAUCAAAAUCUUAUAUGAAAAUUCUAGGUUUCCUUCUUGGCGCGAUGUGUACGUCGAUGUGUGAAACACCUACAACCUAUGUUACAGUUGAUGAUCAAUACAAUUUAACCCCAAUUGAAGUUGUACUCAGAGAAAAACGGACUUUAAAUAAUGACGACUCGAAACAUAACGAAUUUCUAUCUAAACAUAAAAAUAUGGGCAUUCUAGAAAGAACAAAGCGAAUGUACGAAACACGUGGUUCACUUAUAUCUGCUCCAGUUACGACAGUUUUUGAGAAACUCUAUGCUUAUCGGAAACAGUUUGAUAAAAUUGUUAUCUUUGGUGAUUGUCAUAAGGAAAUUGUUGAUUAUGUUAUAAAUUAUCGGACAUACAUUGGACCAUUGAAAGCAAUCUGGGGAAAUUUGAGUGGUGAAGACAUAUGGCCAAAAUCAUGUAGUAAAGAUGGUUGGAUUGAAUUCAAAGGGUGUACAGAUCAAAUUCUACGUUAUAUUGCUGAACCAAAUGAAGAUAAAUUACUUGAACGUAUUGAAAGAAUGGAUGAAAUCUAUGGAUUAAAUAAGAAUAUUUCACAUCACUUUAAUUUAAAAACAAAAAUACAAGAAGAUCAUGAUAAUAGUAUAUUAUCGAAACGUGAUUACUUUAGAUCAGGAUGGAAAUGUUGUCAGUUGUUUAUUUCAUCUACAUUUCGUGAUAUGCACGCUGAACGUGAUCUAUUAUGUGGUAUACUUGUACCUGCUUUACGUAGAAAUGUUGCAUUAGGUUUACGUGUACAUUUAAAUGAAAUCGAUUUACGUUGGGGUGUUCCUGAACCAGCUACAUACAAUUCACAAGCACUACAGAUAUGUUUAGAACAAGCGGCUGCUAGUGAUAUUUUUGUUCUGUUAUUGGGCGAUCGUUAUGGUUGUAUACCAGACGAAGCUGAAGUUAUGUCAUUACCUGAAUCAUUAUUAUCUGAAGUGUGUAAAUUUUAUAAACCUGGAAUGUCUAUGACUGAAAUGGAGUAUCAUAUGGCUAGACAAGCUGCCAUAUCUAAAGUCCCUAUUCAUGAAAGACGACAGCAGAAUACAAUAAGUUUUCAUGAGGCAAUACGUCUUCGAAUUUGUGUUUUCAUUAGAGAUUCAGCAUCUAUAGAAAAUGUACCAGAUGAAUUGAAAGAUUGUUUUGAAGAGUAUGAUGUUGAAAAACGUAAUCGUCUUAACGCCUUCAAGGAAUUAAUUCGUAAUGAUGGUGUUAUUGUUAGUCAUAAUUAUUCAGCUCAAUUCAAUGGUUUAAUAAAUAAUUAUCCAAUAAUGGGAAAUUUAGAUGAAUUCGGAAGUCAAUUUUUUGCAACAGUUAAAUCUUUACUUCUACGUCUAUUUCAUAAUGAUAGUGAUAAUACUCCAGUAUAUAAUAGUGAUAAUAAUUUUCCUAUAACUAUUAAUAAGUCAUUGAAUACUAUUGAAUUCUUACGAGAAUAUGUUUAUUCAGCUGCAUGUGCAAUUGGACCACGUCAUCUACUGGAAGUAGAACAAGCUUUUAAUGCAUUAACUGAACGUGGUCAACGGGUUCAUUUAGCUCGUGCAAUUCAAUCAACUGAAAAGAAAUUAAGUGUACAAAACAAUUCAAACUAUUCAGCAAACCUUCAAGGUUGUGAUGGUGGUAUCCUUUUAAUUGUUGGACCGACUGGUAGUGGGAAAACUACCUAUUUGUCAGCUUUAACAAUAUCACUGAUAGAAUCCGAUUGGUAUAGAUCAUUUUCAACGAAUAACACAAUACAAAAAAAGUUUAAUUCUAAAUUACAUUCAAGUGAACAAUUAAUGAAUUCAAUGGAAAAUUCUAAAUUUAUUUCAAAACAACGUCCAAUAUUUGCUAAACAUCAGAUAUUUAUACAUUUCUGUAAUGGUUUAUCAAUAUCUGGUUUACCAUCGAAUAGAAAAUUGAAUGAAAUACUUCAAAAUUGGUUAAAUCUAUUAACUAUUCAACUUGAUAAUAUCUGUAAUAGUAAUGAUAUUAUUAGAAAAUUAUUUAAUGAAAUGAAAUCAUCUUUUAAUGUGAAUAAAAUCUCUUCUAAUAUAGAUUUAAAAUUCAAUAUUCAGUGCUUUGCACGUUUCAUACAAUUUAUUGGUUACUUAAAUGAUAUACAAUUUGCCUUUUUAAUUGAUGACUGUGAUCAGUUGGAACCAAUGACCUUAGAAUGGUUACCACAAAUUUUACCCAAGAAUGUUCGAUUCGUUUUAACAUGUGAUUCUAAAUCAUCAAUUGCUCGUAGUUUGUGCAAUCGAAUUGAUUGCCAACUAUUAACUGUAUCCGGAUUAACUACACACGAACGUGGUGCAGCUGUUCGUAGUUUACUUGGAAAAUAUGGAAAAGUUUUAAGUGAAUCCGGUUUUCGAAAUCAGUUAUCUGUUUUAAUUCAAAAACGAGAAGCAAGUAUUCCACUUUAUUUGAAAUUGGCUUGUGAUGAAUUACGUUUGUACAGUAAAUAUGAACAGUUGGAUGCUAAAUUAAAACAACUGCCUGAUACAAUAUCCAGUUUAGUGAUAGAUAUUGUCAAACGAGUUGAAUGUAGUUGUGGAUCAGAUUUAACUCGCAUUACACUUGGUCUACUCACUUGCUGUCGUCAACCAUUGUCAACAGAAGAACUACAUAAUUUAAUUGAUGAAUGGUUAAUUGAAUCAUGGAUGGAACAACAGUUCAAAAAUGGUUUUACAGAUUGUUGGCAAGAUUUAAAAGUGCCAUUGGACAAUCUUGAUGAUAUAAUAUCAAAUGAGAAGAUUAUUUAUCGAAUAAUCAAUGAUCAAUUCAAUAAUAAAAAUAAGCCUACAUUAUCUAAAGGACAACCACAUUUGCCGUCGCUUUUAUUGUAUAUCCUAUUAACUGGUCUUCAUCCUUUACUCUCUGGUUUCAUAGAUGAAAAAGCUGAUAUUGAUGAAAUUGACAAUGAAUUACCGCCUGAUGGUUCUAUGCAAACAAUAAAACAACAAAAGCUUGCUAUAUGGAAUCUUGGAUCAAGAGCAUUAUCAUUUAGCAGUCGUGAAAUACACAAUCUAGUCUAUGAUAUAUGUUUUAAUCAAUCAAAAUACAUUAUAGGUCAUGGAAAAUAUGAAUAUACUUUCAAAAAUAAUCAAAUGAGGAAUUUUAACAAACGUGCAAAACAUGAUGAAAGUAUGCCCGGUGAUAAAUUUCAUUUGAAGACAGUGACUCUUCAAACUAUACAUAAUAUUUUAGCUUCAAAAUUACGAAACAUGAGAGAUUUAAUUUAUCAUUUACAUCAUGCCGGUCGAUUAAAUGAAGUUGUUUGUUUACUCAGUAGUCCAGCGUUUCUUAUUCAUCAGAUUGAAUCUGGAUAUGGUUUGACAUUGCUAGACGAUAUGAAUAGAUACAUUACAACUACUGCACAUCAUCAAUCUGAACCGAACAAUAUUCCUACUUCAUUAGAUCUUAUGAAGGAUAAAAUUAUAACUAUGCAAAGGUUUCUUGCAUCGAAUUAUGAAUUUUUAAUUAAACAUCCGUAUUCAUUCGCUGAAUUGGCUAUCAAUCAAGAUGUUGACGAAUGGAUUCAUACAAUUGGAUAUGCAUGUUUACUUAGUUCAAAUUAUCAAGAGAAAAUCAAUGGUGACUCAUGUAAAAAAAUUUUCCGUAUUAAAUUAAGUACUAAUGACAUUCAAUCUAUCCUACCGAAAAUUAUUCAACCAAUUGCAAUUCAUAAACCAGUCACACCACUAACUGGUUCCCAAGAUAUCCCAAUCUCAAUUGAACUUGAUCGAACAGGUAAUUUAUUAGCUUAUGGAACUGAGUCUGGCACAGUUACGGUUGUCGAGGUUCAAUCAUUUAAGAUAUUAUGUUCAUUUCUUGGACAUAAUAUGCCAAUACUCAGUUUAUGUUUUCUUGAUGAUUUUGCCUCUGACGGUUCUACGAUCAGAUCAUACGGUAUGCCGAGUUCACAAUUAUGGUUAGUUAGUACUAGUCAGGAUGCUAGUAUACUUAUUUGGGAUUUAUCAAAUGUGAUAAACAGUGUUACAUGUGGAAUAGCAACUAGUAUCAGUUCCCAAGUGUCUUCUUUAAGUGGAUAUCAUCACAAACCUGUGACUGUAUCUGCUUGGCAUCCGAAACGUCGUAUUUUGGCUACUGGUGGUUUAGAUUGUUUAAUUUGUUUAUGGGAAGUUGGUGAAUUAGGAUUUGGGUCAUAUUUUACGUCGAAAUCAUCUGGUUGUAAAAAAAUUAAACCUAGUAAAAAGCUGAAUAUCAAAUCAUCGAUUAAUUCAAUUGCUUUUCGUUUACCGAAUUAUGCAUCGGAUAGUGAAAAAUCUAUUCCUUCUGAAUGUUUACGUGAUGUUAUGGCAGUGGGAUGUUGGGAUGGUUUUGUCCAUUUCUACAGUCUCAUAUCUAUGAAUUGGAUAAAGUCUCUUGCAAUCUCAACAUCUGCUAUUUGUUCACUGGCUUACUCGCCGAAUGGUGGCAGAUUGUUAGCUAUUCUUGAUAGAAAAGGUCAAAGUUUCAUUUUAAAUGCGAAUACAUUUGCAUAUCUAGGCCGGUUAACUGAAAAUGUCACUUUUUCAUCAAUUGAUGAAUUCGCUUGUCUUGAUGAACUGCAUCAUUUAUUACCGAAUCAAAAGGGAGUAUUAUGUUUCUCUGAACCAACUGGACGUUAUCUCAUUCAAACUGGCGGUGGGUCAUCAGUUGGUCGAAUCAAUGUUUGGAAUGCUCAUCUCGGUGCACCUGAAGGUCCAUGGAUUAACGUUAGUCGCAAUAAAAAAGAAAUGAAACGAACUAUAUUUGUCACAACCUAUACUAUUGACAUAAGUGGAAAGUAUAUCAUAAUUGGAUGGAAUGAUGGUCUCUUCACUAUUGUUCUAAUGACCAAUGGUGAUACUGUAUUCAGUUCGGAUAAAUUAACUCCUUUGAUAAACGAUAAUUCAUCUGUUGAAGCUAUCGCUUGUGGUAUUUCACCUUAUUGCGAUGAUGCUAAUCUUGUCGUUGUUGGCUGGUCAUCUGGUGCAGUUAGGUUAUACCACUUUAGCUUUAAGCCUGAAAUUAAAUCAAAACGAGAUGAUAACUCUAUUGUUCAGUCUGAUAUACAUUCUAUUUGCAAUUUAUCCAUUGUACCUUUGUAUACUUCUUGGUCACAUUCUAUUGAACAUGCAGAGAAUGGGACAGGUGAAGCUGGUGGUACUCUAUGCGCAUCUGCUUCUAAUUCUAUCGCAGUUAGCGGAGGUGGGAAUUGUGAAGUAUGGGCGUAUUUUGUUGGUUCCAAGUUAGAGAAUCCUUUAGUAAGAUCAAUUUGUCUUCGACAACAUAGUGGUCAAAUAACUGCUGUCGCAGUACAAAUGAAUUUUAUAGCUACUGGCUCGAAAGAUAAAAAUGUAGCUAUCUACAGUUAUGAUUUAAAUACUGCAAAAGUAACACUUCAAUACAUCAUACAUAAUGCUUCUAAAGAUUGGAUUAUAUCAUUGAAAUGGUCAUAUAUUCCGCAUAAAAUGCAUGACAGAAAACUAACAUUACUUGUUGGAAGUAAUGAUCAGUCAAUUCAUCUAUAUAGAAUUAAAUCAAAGAAAUAUAAAUUGAAGCAAACACUUGUUUCAUAUAAACUUGGCAUUAAAUCACUUGAUUUCAAUUAUCCUUAUAUUUUUUCUGCUACAUCUAAUGGUCAUAUAAGUGUAUGGCGAUAUGGUCGAAAUGAAAAUUUUGAACUUAUCAGUGAAAUGAUAAUAUCAUCACCGUUAGACAACUUGAAAUCGAAUACAACCAAUGAGAAUGUAGUGAAUCUUAUUAAAGUCCAAUCAUUUGAAUAUACUCCUUGUUAUUAUUCCUCGAACAAUAAAAAUGUUAUCAAUUCUUACGAUGAACUAGAACCUCAUAAAAGUAAAGAUUCUGUGGUCGAUACUAUGGAUUCCAAUAAUAGUCCACGUUCAUCAUCGUCUAAUGAUAUUAAUAACAAUGAAGAUGACAGUUUACAGCAUCAGGAUAUUACGGAUGAAAAUCUAGUUAGCGACGAAGAAAGUGUGAAAGGAACUUCUGAUCAGUGCUGUUUAAAUAAUGAUGAAUUAAUGGACGAGGGUUCCGAUGAAACACCAAGUCAGUGCUCAGAGAAAGAUCUAAUGACUGGGAAUAAGUGUAAUAAUGUUGCUUUCAAUAGUGAUGAAUCAACAGGAUCUCACAUUUUUGACAAAUUUAUUAAUCGUCCUGGCUCCUUGUCAGAAUUACUUGAUGAGACUAAUGUGAAACUUUUGGUUGGUCAAACAAUUUCCGGUUCACGUAAUAUUCAAGAGUUUCAAUUUCGAGUAUAUGAACCAUCACUUACAGGAUAUCAUGCUACUCUAAGUGGUCAUGCUGGCUUAAUUCCUUGUGGAUUAAGUUGUACAAAACCUCUGAAUUCGAAUAAUGAUGAUGCAUUACUUAUCAGUGUAGCUGGUCAAAAUUGUGAUUCUAAAACAAUUGGCUGUGACAUUCGACUUUGGAAUUUACCUUUAUCGAAUAGUUCUUUAUCAUGUAAACCAACUCUUCAACAUACUGGACCAGUUAUAUGUGCUAAUUAUCUGUAUGUGACAAAGAAUUUACAACUUUGUAUAACUGGUUCAGUUGAUGGUGAUUGUAUUAUUUGGGCUGCUCGUGGUUCAUCAACUUCUCAAUCAAUCAAACCUAUAACUACUGCUACCACUACAUAUCAACCAUUGAUACGUUUAACUAAUUCAGAUAUGAAACCAAGAUACAGUAUAAACAGUAUUGUUACACAAUCAUGGACAAUGAAUAAUGAAGAAAAUAAAAUAGAUUAUUUCAUUUUUAUUGCUUUCGGUUAUGAGAUUUUAAUAUUGCACAUACACCUUAAUCAUGAUAUUUUAAUUAAUAAAACUGAUUUGGAAAAUAGUUUAUUAGAGUUAUUUUCAAAUGGAAAACAAUUGGAUAUAAAUAUUGUUGAAUUAAAUGCAUUAUGGUCAAUUAAAACAAUUGAUGGUUAUGCUGAAAUACAAAGAUUUAAAACAGACCAUAUCGUUGUCGAAAUGUCUGCUUUACAUCAUGAACCAGUUAAUAUGAAUCAGUGUGGUGUUGUAGCACUUUUGUCCAAUGGUGAAAUUGUCAUUAUUCCAUUUAAACGUACAGACGAUGAACUCAUUCACCUUCGUGUUCGAGAUAACUGUAAUCUUUCAAGUCAUUGGUGCAGUUCAUUAUGUACAUAUCAGGAUGGUAUACUUGUAGCACAUAAUGGAUCAGCUUUAUUUCAUCCAUUUGAUGAUCAUAGUGCAAAUGUAUUCACACCACUUCGUGGAUCUAUCAAUAAUUUGGAAAAUAUCUAUAUUGACAGAAUUGAACCACUUUGUUUACCUAACGGAAAUAGUUUCAAGUUAUUUUAUAUUGUAACAAGCAAAUUACAAUCUGAACCACGGAUUAUCUUCUUUGAUAGUGAUGAGCAUAUGCUAUUGAAUAUUUCGCUGGAAGGAAUGGAUUUACAAGUCACUGCUUAUUGUAUCACUUCAACUCAUCUUGAUAGUGAAAAGUUAAUAGUGUAUUUAUUGUUGGCAACGUCGGAUAGCUUUCUACGUUUGUUGAAAUGUUCUAUCAAUGUUUGUAAUAAAUCGAAAUUAAGCAAAUGGGAACAGAUCAAAAUUUAUCCAACUGGCGAGCAGAUUACGAAAUUAGUCACUUUCAAUAAAGAUCCUGUGAGGAUUAUGUGUUGCCUUCAGAAUGGUCAGAUUGAUCUUUACACAAUAGAACAGUAGUACUUGUCUUUCAAUAAUCUCUGUAACCAUUACCUGUGAUAACGUAAUCUAUCUUUUUAUUCUCAUUUUUCUCUAUCAUGUAACUUGUUUUGUUUAAUGUUGUUAAUUUAACCGAUGAAUAAACAAAUUGAGAAUAAAACUAACUUUUUUUGUCAAUAGUUA